UGGCUGCCGCUAAACAGCACCCAUAUUCACUCAUCUUCCAAUCAAGGAGAUGAUGAUCAACCAUGAAGAUAUUCAAGCACUUAGUUUUCCACCCAUAUUGAUACACAUCUUGACUCAAUCUAGAAAGUGUUGUCUUUAAUAAUAAGCAGCUAAUAUAAUAUUUAUAUACGGAGUAUUUAUCUAAAUACCCGUAUAAAUAGUCCUUAAUUGCUGCUACAUUGAAUGAGCCCUGCUUGCGAGUCUAAUGGCGGAUUCCUCCCUGGAUUGCUGCUAUAACUAUAAAUGGAGGACUCACAUUCCGCUCUCGUGUCAUCCCAAGAGCUUACACUAUAGAGUCAACGGUCAAAACCCACAUCCCAUCUUCUCCCGUCGACGUCGCCUGCGUCAUUCUCCCACCGUAUCCGGCGGGAUCUCAGGAAGAGCUGAUUUUGUUGUGACAACGACGGAAAACCAUUUCGGGAGAUCCGGUUUUUCUAUACUCAGUUCUCCUAGGAGGAAGAUGUCGACCACUUCCAAUCACUUGCUGCGUCACGUCGAGUCUAUGGCAUCAGGCGCCGGCGCCGAGAUGCCUAGACUGAAUGCUGUCGUUCUUGGGGAUGGACCUGCAUCUGAAGGGGUCGAUCUUGUCCUUCCUAAUGAGGAUCUCUCCCGCCAGGCGCACGUCUCUUCUCCCGAACAGUAUCUGAAGAUGUACCAAAGAUCCAUUGAGGAACCUGCCGAAUUUUGGGCUGACAUUGCAUCUCAGUUCCAUUGGAAACAAAAAUGGGACCACCAGUUCUGCCAGAAGGAAAACUUUGACAUACGCAAGGGAAGAAUUCAUAUUGAGUGGUUCAAAGGUGGAAUCACGAAUAUCUGUUACAAUUGCUUGGAUAGAAACAUAGAAUCUGGAAAUGGAGACAAAGUUGCAAUUUACUGGGAAGGAAAUGAAACAGGGAUUGAUGCUACUCUGACAUACAAUCAACUUUUGGCAAGAGUUUGCCAGCUUGCAAAUUACUUGAAAGAUAUUGGUGUUCAAAAGGGUGAUGCAGUUGUAAUUUACCUCCCUAUGCAUAUGGAACUGCCGAUUGCAAUGCUUGCUUGUGCUCGUAUCGGUGCUAUUCACUCGGUUGUAUUUGCUGGAUUCUCUGCUGAAUCUCUGUCCCAGAGGAUCAUGGAUUGCAAACCUAAAGUUGUUAUAACUUGCAAUGCGGUUAGGAGGGGAUCUAAGGUCAUUCACCUCAAAGACAUUGUUGACGCUGCUCUUUCUGAAUCCAAACAAAGUGGAACCACUAUAGAUGUAUGCUUGACAUGUGAAAACAAAUCAGCUAUGAAGAAAGAAAUGACCAAGUGGCAGGAGGGAAGAGAUAUUUGGUGGCAGGAUGUUGUUCCGAAAUAUCCAACAAUGUGCGAUGUGCAAUGGGUUGAUUCAGAAGAUCCACUCUUCCUACUCUAUACGAGUGGGAGUACCGGAAAACCCAAGGGUGUGCUACAUACAACUGGAGGGUAUAUGGUAUACACGGCUACUACAUUUAAAUAUGCAUUUGACUACAAAUCGCAAGAUAUAUACUGGUGUACAGCUGAUUGCGGUUGGAUUACUGGGCAUAGCUACGUUACAUAUGGACCUCUACUAAAUGGAGCAACUGUUGUUGUCUAUGAAGGGGCUCCUAAUUAUCCAGAUUCUGGACGUUGUUGGGAUAUUGUUGACAAAUACAAAGUGUCUAUUUUUUAUACAGCUCCUACAUUGGUGCGGUCUCUCAUGCGUGAAGGAGAUGAGUAUGUCACCCGCUAUUCACGCAAAUCAUUACGAGUCCUUGGAAGUGUAGGUGAACCUAUCAAUCCAAGCGCAUGGAGGUGGUUUUUCAAUGUAGUUGGAGACUCAAGGUGUCCCAUAUCUGAUACAUGGUGGCAAACCGAAACAGGUGGCUUUAUGAUUACUCCUCUACCAGGAGCCUGGCCCCAAAAACCCGGCUCUGCCACAUUUCCAUUUUUUGGAGUUCAGCCUGUGAUAGUGGAUGAGAAGGGGGUUGAGAUGGAAGGUGAGUGCAGUGGCUAUUUGUGUGUAAGGAGCUCAUGGCCUGGAGCCUUUCGGACUCUUUAUGGGGAUCAUGAUAGAUACGAAACCACAUAUUUCAGCGCCUUCCCUGGCUAUUAUUUCAGUGGCGAUGGCUGCCGCAGGGACAAGGAUGGUUUCUACUGGCUUACUGGAAGAGUUGACGAUGUUAUUAAUGUCAGUGGGCACCGUAUUGGCACGGCUGAAGUGGAAUCUGCUCUAGUUUCACACCCCAAAUGCGCUGAAGCGGCAGUGGUUGGUAUUGAACAUGAGGUGAAAGGGCAAGGAAUCUAUUCAUUUGUGACACUGGUUGAUGGUGUUCCAUACAGCGAAGAACUUAAAAAAGAACUUGUCCUCACCGUGAGAAAGCAGAUCGGAGCAUUUGCAGCACCUGACAGAAUACAUUGGGCACCGGGACUUCCAAAGACAAGGAGUGGGAAAAUAAUGAGGAGAGUUUUGAGGAAGAUUGCUUCUAAGCAGUUAGAUGAGGUUGGGGACACAAGUACCCUUGCCGAUCCCGCUGUUGUCGACCAACUCAUUGCCCUUGCUGAUUCUUGAACUCAUUUCUGAUGAGAACCUCGAGAGAGAGAGAGUCCCCUUCCACUUCAACAUCUCUGCUUUCUAUUGGGCUGUAUUGUAUAUAUACUUUUAUCGUCUUCAGUUAUUAUUAUUUAAGCAACAGAAGUAAUAUUACUCCAUUUGGAGUGUGAUGAUAGAUACGUAUAGAUGCCUAGAUGGUCAUAGAGGGAUAUGCUUUUUGAACGGCAGCAUUUGGCAACAAUUUCCUUAAUUUUAUCUUUAAUCAUAUGUACCCUCCAGUCCUUAAUUUUAUCUUUAAUCAAUUGUAUAGUAUAAUAAUUCUGCUUGAAACGAAAUACAGACAAU